UUAAUAAAUCUACUAGUCGGGGGAAUCAGCAGAACCGAAGAAGCAUUUCAAGGUUCAACAUAAGAGGAGAAGAGAAGGCAGCAGAGGAAGCUCAACAUGUCAGUCUUUGUUGUGAAUUUUCCUUGCUGUGCACUGUGGAAAUCAAAGAAGCUUGGGUUUAUAAAACCAUCGACAUUACCAAAGCAGAUGAGUCCCAGCAGCAGCACAAAAGUGCGUUUGGGGAACAAUGAUGGGGUUAAUGCGUUUUUCUUCAAUCCCACUGAGGAACCCAUUCUCAGAGAAGCGCUUAAGGAGCCAGUUGCGUUCAUGGGAGGGAUGUUUGCUGGUCUCUUACGACUUGACUUGAAUGAAGAUCCACUCAAGGAUUGGGUUUCAAGGACUGUGGAAGCCUCUGGGAUCACCGAGGAAGAAAUUGAUGCUAGCGGGUUAGAACCAGAAGAAGAAGUCCCGCUACAGAUUGAGAUUGAAUAACAUCUAUCUUUGUAUGUGUAUACUAGGCUCCUCUGGUUGGUUAAGCAUGUAAUCAUGGCCCCAUUGAUAUGAUAUAUGCUGGAAACUUAUGUCAAAUAUUUCUUUGACACAAUGGCACACAUAUGUCUGCGGAUUCAUAGUAAGUAUCAUUCUUAUGUAUUUGUGUUUAUAGUUUCACUUUGAACAAAAAGCCUCCAUGAUAACAGCUUUUGAAAGAUAUAACAUAAAGGACUGUUUCUGUUUA